AGAAAACAAACCCAACGGCGGCAGGGGGCAUGUGAUCGAGCCCUCGGUGACUUCCCUCCUCUCCUCACCAAAACCUUCGAUCCCCUCCCCAAAACCCUAGAGGAUACCGGUGUCCGGAGCUCGAUUCCCGUUGAUCGGUCCACAAUGGCGUCGAGAUCGCUGCGGUCGAGCAUCUCCCCUUUCCGAUCGAGGAGGAGCCCUGCCCCUCCCACGGCGCACAAGCCCGGGGCUCGCCCUACCACGCCCUCCUCGUCGACCUCUUCCCGUCCGACUACUCCCUCGUCGGUGUCCAGUGUGGCGCGGCCAGCGCAGCAUUCUUCCAAGCUCUCCCCCGUCAGUCCUCCUCUGCCGUCCCAGCUGCUAGAUCGGCCGGAUUUUGCCAAGUCGAAGGAGAACGUGACCGUCACCGUCCGAUUCCGGCCACUCAGUGGUCGGGAAAUCAACAAGGGGGAUGAGAUAGCUUGGUACGCUGAUGGGGAUUACACAGUCCGGAAUGAGUAUAACCCAUCCAUUGCAUAUGGUUUUGAUAGAGUAUUCGGACCAGCAACCACAACUCGACAUGUCUAUGAUGUUGCUGCGCAGCAUGUUGUAAGCGGUGCCAUGGAGGGAAUUAAUGGUACUGUUUUUGCCUAUGGUGUUACUAGUAGUGGAAAGACUCAUACCAUGCAUGGUGACCAAAAAUCACCUGGUAUCAUCCCGUUGGCCAUUAAGGAUGUAUUUAGCAUUAUUCAAGAGACACCCGGACGAGAAUUUCUUCUCCGUGUUUCAUACCUUGAAAUAUACAAUGAGGUUAUCAAUGACUUGCUUGAUCCAAUAGGGCAAAAUCUUAGAAUAAGGGAAGAUUCACAGGGAACUUAUGUGGAAGGAAUUAAGGAAGAAGUGGUCCUAUCUCCAGCUCAUGCUCUUUCUUUGAUAGCAACCGGUGAAGAGCACAGACAUGUUGGUUCUAAUAAUUUUAAUCUAGUCAGCAGCCGGAGCCACACUAUUUUCACCUUGACAAUUGAGAGCAGUCCGACUGGUGAAAAUGAAGAUGGUGAAGAUGUGAGAUUGUCUCAGUUGAACUUGAUUGACCUUGCUGGAUCGGAAAGUUCUAAGACUGAAACAACUGGUUUACGACGUAAAGAAGGUUCAUACAUUAACAAGAGUUUACUUACUCUUGGGACUGUUAUAUCAAAAUUAACAGAUGGUAAGGCUACACAUAUUCCUUAUAGAGAUUCCAAACUUACCCGCUUACUGCAGUCUUCUCUUAGCGGACAUGGUCGGAUUUCUCUUAUCUGCACAGUCACACCUGCUUCUAGCAAUAGUGAAGAGACACAUAAUACACUGAAGUUUGCACAUCGUAGCAAACAUGUGGAAAUCAAAGCUUCUCAGAAUAAGAUAAUGGAUGAGAAGUCCCUUAUAAAGAAAUAUCAAAAGGAGAUUUCGUGUCUAAAACAAGAGCUGCAGCAACUAAAACGUGGCAUGAUGGAAAACCCAUAUAUGAUUGCUUCCAACCAAGAAGAUCUUGUUAAUUUGAAACUUCAGCUGGAAGCUGGCCAAGUCAAGUUGCAAUCAAGGCUGGAGGAAGAGGAGGAAGCAAAAGCAGCCUUAAUGGGUAGGAUUCAACGGCUGACAAAACUUAUCUUGGUAUCCACCAAGAAUAGUUUAUCAUCAAAUAUUUCUGAGAAGGGUGGGCAUAGACGUAGACACUCCUUCGGAGAAGAUGAGCUAGCCUAUUUGCCCGAUAGGAAGCGGGAAUACUUGAUUGAUGAUGAGGAUGGUACGCUUGACUCAGAGCUUUCUGCAGAAGGAAGAUUAGACAGUAGCAGUCUAGAUGAACCAUUGAGGUUUGACAAAAGGAGUAAGAAGAGUGGAAUGCUUGGAUGGUUCAAGUUAAGGAAGCCAGAACAACUUUCUGGACUUUCGCCUAGUGCUGAGAGUGAGAAUUCUGUUGGUGGGUCACCAUCCUCUUCACAGUCCUCACAGCAGAAGCAGCAGUUGUUUGAUCAGAAGGAUGGGCGAAGAAGAUCUAUUAGUAGAAAGGGGGAUGAUCCUUCGCCAAUAGUUGACUCCUUUGCAGAAAGAACCCAAGCAGGCGACUUAUUUGGUGUCACAGUUAAAGGUCGUCGGCUUCCACCGACAGGAACAACUAUCAUUGAUCAAAUGGAUCUACUCAAUGAGCAAGUCAAAAUGUUAGCUGGGGAAGUAGCACUCUGUACAAGCUCUCUUAAACGGUUAUCAGAGCAAGCAGCUAACGAUCCUGAAGACAUCCAAAUCCAGGAGCAAAUGCAGAAGCUGAAGAAUGAAAUCAAUGAGAAAAAGCAGCAGAUGCAUGUUCUUGAGCAACGGAUGGUUGGUUCUUUAGAAGUGGGCCAACAUCCAUCAAACAACAAUGAGAUCUCCCAGACACUGUCAAAACUAACAACUCAGUUAAGCGAGAAGACAUUUGAACUUGAGAUCAUGUCUGCGGAUAACAGAGUUCUUCAAGAGCAGCUGCAGAUGAAGAUAUCUGAAAAUACUGAACUUCGUGAAACCAUUUCAUCGCUGCGGAAGCAGAUUUCUUCUUUGAUGGACAAAUGCAGUAAAAGAGAGGAUAGCCUUAGUAGAACUUGUCUAGCUGAAGCAUCUGCGGAAAAUGGUGUACUGUCAGAUGGACCAAUCACGUCCAGUGAGACUUCUGCUGACAACAAUAAAGUCUCAAAUUCCAACUGCUUUGCUAAUGACUUGGAUGAUGUCUCUAAGGGGUGCCAUAGUGAAUUGUCCCUGAAGUCACAAGUUCUCAUGCAGGCUGCUGAGAUUGAGAAUUUGAAGCAAGAAAAGGUUAUAUUAGCUGAAGAAAAAGAUGGACUUGAAAUUCAUAGUCAAAAGCUAGCAGAGGAAGCUUCUUAUGCCAAAGAAUUGGCUGCAGCUGCCGCUGUUGAGCUUAGAAAUUUAGCUGAAGAAGUUACUAAACUUUCUUACCAAAAUGCAAAAUUGACGGGCGACUUAGCCACAAUGAAAGAACUGUCAAUUGGGAGAUCUAAUUGCCAGAGAUAUAAUCAGUGUGAUGGAAAGCAAGACCAUUAUAAUAUAAGAGCGGAUACUUAUUUGAAAAGGCCAGAUAAUGGAGCCCUUUUUGAGGAGUUGCAGAAAGAGCUUGCAACAAGACGUCAACGAGAAGCAUCUUUAGCUGCUGCAUUAUCUGAAAAAGAUCAAAGAGAGGCAGAGCUACAAAGAAGAAUCAAUGAGGCAAAACAACAUGAACAGGAAUUAGAGAAUGAGCUUGCAAAUAUGUGGGUGCUUGUUGCAAAAAUUAAGAAAAAUGGUGUGAAUUCAGCGGAAACCUUAACCGAAAGUCUGAAUGAAUAUGACUUUCAAUCUAAACAAAGUGGUGUUCUUCUUUCUAAUGGUAAUAGUUGUGUAAAGUUCAUGAGAGAUAAGUUACCUGGAAAUGUGAACACAGAUGGCGUAAGUAUCUUGGAAGAUACAAGAGCUGCUUACGAACUUGAAACAAGAAGGUCUAAGGAAUUAGAAGGAAUUAUUUCUAGAUUAAAGGGUGAAGAUCUCAUUGGCUUAGAUAACAGAACGCUUGAAGAACUACAGAGUUUUCAUGUUGGAGCAUUAUCAAAGAUAUGCCAAGAGAAGGUGACAAAGCGGGUUCAAUAGAAGGUGAAGUCUGCAGAAAUCAAGUUAUUUUUCUUUCUUCCCAAGGAUGUGUCUAGACUUUCAAGGAUCUUGCAUCUUUAUCUAUUUCACAAUGGAGGCAGUCCAGUCUGUUUCGGCACAAUAUGAGUUCUGCAGCUCAUCCCAGUCUUAAAUAGUAACUAUAGUUAUAUAUAACUGCCACGAGUCUGAAUAUGAUAAUUUUUUUGGCAGAUCAGUCUCUUCAUGUAUAGUUUGUUCUCUUUAGUGUAGAUGUUUGUCAGCAAUGUUGUAUCUUAGAAGGAUGAUGCUUUACAACUUGUUGUAUA